GGAAUUUGCUUCAAACGUGCCAAGAUGUUGUAGCUGUUUUUGGACCCAUUUUCAUCGCCAAACACACACACUCUCUCUCUCUCUCUCUCUCUCUCUCUCUUUUUUCUCGCAAUUUCUUUUACCCUUUGGUCGUCUCUGCAAACUCUCUCAACUCCACUCCGCAGCGCGCGCGCACACACACACACGAUUCCAAAUCGCUGCACUGAACUUUCAUCUUCAAAUCCUGAGUUCUUCUUCUUUCUUUCUCUAUUUUCCUCCCCUUUUUGAGCUCCAUUGAAUCUGAUUUUGGUAUAGAAUAGAGGAAUCGAUGAUGGUGGUGGUAAUCAGCAGCAGUAGGUGUUCUUCCGCAUCUCAUAUCACUGAGAUCAUCAUCACCAGCUUCUUUCGCCACAAAAUCUAAGCUUUUCUUCUCAUAAACAUUCAUAUAGUUCUGUAUAAAUUUAUCUGAUUAUAAAGAGAAAAAAAAAAGAAAAGAAAAUUUGAGGGGUUUGAAUAGGAUUUUGUCGGAAAAACUCUGUUAUCUUCAUCGGAGUUGGAUUUCCAACUUUUCUCCCCCCGCAUAUAAAAUUUAGUUAAUCAAUAAAAUCCCUGUUAAAAGGAUAAAGGGAUUGUCCAUGGCAGCCUCUUGAGGGGGAAAAAAGGGGUCGGAAAAAGAUUUCCCAUCUUUGUUCUCCGGCGGCUAUGGCGGAGAAGAAGCGGAUGUAUGGUGUUUGUGGUGGUGGGAUUGCUGCUUCGAAUAUGGAUAGUGACUUUCUUCAGAAUCAGAGAGCUUCUUGUGUUUUGUCUCACCCGCGUGAUUCCUUUUUCACAUCCAGCUCUUCCUCCUCGUAUCUCGGUUCAAGGUCCAUUUUGAGUUUUGAUGGUAUUACUGGAGGAAAAAAAUCAAAGUCGUUUUACCAGUCAUUUGGUCAAGAAGAGAAUUUGGAGGAGUUGGAAGAAUAUUACUUUCUCCAACCCGAAAAAAAGAGGCGGCUUACUGCUGACCAGGUUCUGUUUCUGGAAAAGAACUUUGAGGAUGUGAACAAACUAGAACCAGAAAAGAAAGCUGAACUUGCUAAAGAACUUGGCUUGCAACCCCGGCAGAUUGCAGUGUGGUUUCAAAAUCGACGUGCACGGUGGAAGACAAAACAGCUUGAGAAAGAUUAUGAGGCUUUGCAAGCUAGCUACAAUAGCCUCAAAGCUGAUUAUGACAACCUCCUUAAGGAAAAAGAUAACUUAAAAGCUGAGGUGGUUUACAUUACAGAAAAGCUCCUUCUGAACGAGAAAGAGAACACUAAUUCGACAUUAUCUCAUGGCGGCAGCCUCACUGCUGCACCAUCGAACGCAUCUGUUACUUACUCGGUCUCUGAAGAUGAAUCAUCUAAAGUAUCAGCCCCGGCCCAGAAGCAGGAAGAUGUAAGUUAUGGCACAAGUGAUGUAUUGGAUUCAGAUAGCCCUCAUCACACGGAGGCGUUCUCCUCUCUCCUACCACCUGGAGAUUCCCUGUACAUCUUUGAACAUGAUCAGUCUGAUCUAUCCCAGGAUGAAGAAGAUGACAGAAGUAGGAAUCUUGAAAGUGCUGCAUACAUUUUUCCAAAGCUAGAGGACGCCGACUACUGCAACGCACAAAGCUCAUUCUACUAUGGACUCCCAGAUGAGGAUCAAGCUGCAUUUGGCUUUUGGUUGUACUGAGAUGACAAGUUUGUCUUGCUUCUUCUAGUUCACCUUUUUUUCAUAUAGCAUUAUGUAUUUUCACUGUCUAUAUUCAAUAAAUUGAAUCCAUCGCCGCCUGAUGGCAGAGGUAGGUUAUGGUCGUAUCAUACUCCCUUCGUCCCAAAGUAUAGUCUUGAACUACAACACUAUGGUAGACAUGAUUAUUUCUUUGGGACAGAGGGAGCCUUGCAUAUUGGUGAUUGUGACUUGUAAGUUAGUAUUAAACCCUAGAAACUCUGUUUGACUGGUUUUGUAGCUUGUUUCAUAUGUUUCUGUUAAGAUAAAAUGGUUACUCUGUGCUUUAAAUUAUUCCAUGAACACUCUUCAGUGAAUGGUAUAAAGGAUCUUCCUCUUUGCGUAUAAUUCUCAAAAUUUUCUGGAAUCAUAUUCGAAUUUGAAUGAAAUGCUCACUGCUUUCCUCAAUCUGUUCAAAACUUUCCAGCUCAACGGAAAUAAUCCUUCUUUUCUGGAAUUUAAUCUAUUUAGGAACACCUCAAAAGUAAGCAGAU